AGCGGCCGCUAGAUAGUGUACUAACUUCUGCCGACAUUCUGCCGCCAUCUUGGCCGACUGACGCUCUUCUUGUCUAUAAUUUCGAGGCAUAGAUCGUAUUUAUGGGUGAGGUUUUCCUGGUGGAUUGAUUAUGUAUACGACGUUUUGAGAUGGAUACGUGGUCUAGUUUGUGCCGUUGCUGCCUGUCGCCCGAAUCUGAAGUGUCACUUUUUGAUAAUGAGAAAAACGUGAGGGAGAAAUUUUUGGAAAUCACUACAAUCGAGGUGAACACAGAUGAUGGGCUGCCGCAGAAGCUGUGCGGCCAGUGCUACGAGACCCUCAGCUCUGCCUACCAGUUCCGGAAGCAAUGUAUCAGGAUGGAGUCUGAACUCAAACUACAACUAGAAGCCCUAAUCACUCAGGCUGAGCAAGAUAGCCAAGCAAUAGACGAGGCAGAAGGUAACGAACAGGACCAAGAUGAUAUAGCUGACGACCCUGAAAAACAACUAGAGGCUAUCAUCAAAAAAGAACCUACUGACAGUGAUGACGACUAUUAUUACGUACUCGUCAUUGAUGAUCCUAAAGAUGAGAAAGAUCAAAAUGACAGUGAAGAGAUCGCUAUUGCUAAUAUCAAACAAGAGCUCAUGGAUCAUGCGGAGGAAGUGACCGUUGAAGAUAAGAAUGAGGAAAGCAUAAGUGAGCAGCAGUUUGAAAUGAACCACUUUCUCAUGUCAGACACCAAAGUCCCUACCAAUGUCCCAGCUACCAUUCUUGAAAAUGAGGAAGAGAGUCAGGAGGAUGAACAUGAACAUGUUGAAUUUGAAAACGCUGUAGAAGAGGAAAGCCAGGAUGAAACGGAGGACGGACAUGAUUUCACCAUCAUGGAUGCAGAUGUCGAAGACUCUCAAGACAAUGUCACAGACUUAGUAGAUGCUAUCACAGGGGAAAUUGGUGGGGGGCUACCCAAAAGUAUUGGUAAGAACAGCUUCAUUAAAAUUAUUGCUGCCAGCGGUAAUGACGGAACCAUCUUACUCAAAGAUAACGUGGCAUUCUUAACCGAAGCCCAGUUGGACGGAACUGAAGAUGGUGAAGCCAUGUCCCAAGAGGAGGAGGUGAUAUUCUGUGAAGGAGAUGAUUCAUCACAAUUCCAAAUACUGAAGUGCGAAGGCUCCGAGUUAGUGAUAGAAUAUGCUGAUGAUGGCCAGAUAGCUACUGUCUUGCAGCAAGAGGAUGGCAGCUUCCUCUGUGAUUGCGGGGAACAAUUUGAAGAUUUAGCAGACUAUGAAAAGCAUCAAUACACCCACACCGCUACUGAAGAGCAUAUCUGCAAUCUCUGUGGCAAAGGUUUUGAGUCCGCUGAGAUACUCACCGGCCACACUUUGCUUCACAAUGUCACAGGGCUCCUCGUCAUGUGCCCAUUCUGCAAGCAACUUAUCAGAAGAAAUGCUUUGACACAGCAUAUAAAAUAUGGACACAAUAACAUCAAACCCCGCUGCAAUGUUUGCUUGAAAACAUUCGCCAAUCCCAACAACUUAAAACGUCACAUGAUGAUCCAUAGUGGUAUACGGCAAUUUGAAUGUGAUAUCUGCUUUAAAAGGUUCCAUCAAAAAAUAACCAUGCAGACACACAGACUGACCCAUAUUAAUCCGUUUGCAUGCAAUGAGUGUGAAGAAACUUUCCCCAGCAAAUCCGAGCUGGCAACUCACAAAGAAUCUAAUGAAUGCACGAAAUCCAAAGUGAGAAAAGUCAGGGACGAACUGAUGAAAACAGCAAAACAUGAGAUUACUACUAAUCUGGGCAAACUUCUAGGCUACGCUUGUGCCUUGUGUAAGAAAAUGUUCUCAGUAGAGUCCGCUUUAGAGCAACAUAUUGAUAGUGUCCAUUUGGUGGACCCAAAUGAGCUGUUAUGUUCAGAGUGUGGUGAAGUCCUAACAUCUAAGAAAGACAUGCAGAGCCACAUAUUGACGCAUAAAACUAUAAAGCUUAAGAAUUCAAAGAGAUUUGAGUGUAGCAUCUGCGGGAAGAGUUGUGCUAGUCAAGCUAUGUUGGUGAUGCAUGAGAGAGUGCAUACAAAUGAGCGACCGUUCCCGUGUCACCUCUGUUCGCUCCGUUUCAAAACCAAAACCCACUUGAGAACGCAUCAACUCACUCAUACUAGAGAGAAAAAGUUUGGAUGUUCUGUUUGCAUGAAAUUCUUCGCACUCAAAGGAAAUUUAGUCGUACAUCUCAGAACACAUACUGGUGAACGACCUUACAUAUGCACCUUGUGUGGGGAAGCCUUUAUCGAUUCCAAAUAUUUGAAGAAGCAUAAGUUAAAGAAGCAUUCGAUACAAAAUGUUCCUUGGAACAAGUACUGAUUCGAAACUUAAGUGAUUUUUUUCUUGUAAAAAAU